AUGCGAGAGGUAUACGCUGGACAGACGGGAAUUACGGAUGCAGGGUGGAGUGCAUCGGGGCCUGGUGGUGGAGGACCAGGUCGAGGGCCUGGUUUGAGGUCUAAUAAUGGAAAUGAUGGGUCGGGAAUUAUGAAUAAUAGCAAUGAGAAUAGUGGUAUGGGUAACACUAAUGGGGUGGAUGAUCAUUUACGUGGGAGCAUCAGUGGGAGUCCUGGGAGUAGAUAUGUAGGCGAGAAUGCAGGCGGCCCCAGUCCAGCUGGGAAAUAUGAUGACGCGCGUAUCAAAAAGCUUCUCAAUGUGUUUAUUCAUGAUUUCCUCAUCAAGUCUGAGUUGAAAGAGACAGCGCAGCUGUUCGAACGCGAGGCAUCGCUUAUCGGCAAGGAUAAAAUGAUAAGCGCGUCUCAUGACGUUCCGGAGGGGUUUUUGUACGAGUGGUGGCAGAUAUUCUGGGACGUUUUCAACGCCAGAACACAUAGAGGUGGGUCUGAGGUCGCGAGGAAGUAUUUCGAAAUGCAGCUUCAACGUCAACGGCAAGAACAUACUUAUAGAGGAGUGACAAUGCAUGUAGCUAGGGUUCAGCAGACUGCAGAGCAGAAAGGAUAUUAUCAGCAUGAGAUACUCGAUCCAAUGGAGCUCGCUUCUGUGGCCUCGUAUGGGGCUCAGAGCCAAUUUAAUCCAGGUGGUCCUGUCCCAUCGACAGUGGGCCCUUCUGCGCCUGCUGGGCAAGCUGCUGGAUCGGGAACGAAUGCAGGAACAGGUGUACCUGCCGGAUCGGCUAUGCCCUCUUCUGCAACAUCAUCAACAUUUCCUGGCUAUUCCUCCGAAUAUCCAGCAAUGCAGGGAAUCAUGUCAAAUAACCACCCCUCACUUCAAACAGUUCAGCAGGAUGCUCUUCAUCAUAACAUGCCACAACAUCAACAUCCCCAACAACAACAACAACAACAUCACCAUCAUCAGCAGCAGCAGCAGCAGCAGCAGCAACAACAACAACAACAACAACACCAGCAACAACACCAACAGCAGCAGCAACAACACCAACAGCAGCAGCAGCAACAACAACAACAGCAACAACAACAACAACAACAACAGCAACAAUUUCAAGCGUUUUAUAACUCUGUCCAUGGCAUUCCGAACUCAGGUUAUUAUGCUUCUCCUGUGAACCCUUAUGUAAAUCAGCCACCACAACAACCGCUGGGUUAUAAUAUGGGUGCAAAUAAUAUGACAAACCCAGUUCAUUUGAAAAAUAAUAACGGUAGACCAGCUGGUACUGGUACCGGUGCUGGGAAUGGGAGCGGAAAUGGCCCAAACACCUUCAACUCAAAUUCUACUGAUUCAAACAAUGGUAACACCAAUAAAGCUAACGCUCAUCUUGGAAAUAGUAAGAAUGGUAGAGGGCCUAAUAAUAAUUCAUCUGAAUCCCUAGGAAAUAAUGAUCACCUAGCUGGUAAUUCAGCUCCUGCAUAUGCUACUAACAUGGCAGCUCCCAAUCAUAUUCCCAAUUCAAUGCAAGGGCAGCAUCCAUCGUUCACAAAAAAUGCUUCAUUUUCGCAACAACUUGGGUCUAUUCCUACUUACAUAAAUAUGAACAUCCCAAACUCAGCACCUGUCAUACCUACACAAAAGAAUGGUCAAGUACCUGUGAAUUCAAACAAUCAAAAUCCAUUGAUUCAACAAGGAGUACACCCAAAUGCCCCGAAUUAUUCUAAUCAAAUUCCCAAUACUUCUGGGGUGAAUAAUAUUUCUAUGAACAACAUGAAUAAUAUUCGCGGGUCCAAUAUGAUGGGUAUUAACCAAGGUGCAAAUCCAUCGUUCGAAAUGUCAAGUAUGGACGGGUUGUAUAACUACCAAAAAGAAUUGUUAAUGUUAGAGAAAGAAAACAAGAAAGUGCUAUCGAUUGCCAAGGAUGGCCCUCACUCUUCAGGAUCUACACCGCACUCAUUCACGUUAUCUAAUUCAACAAACAUUAACGGUAAGAAAAAUUCGAAUGCCAUGCUUCCGCCAAAUUCAUCUCAGAUCGCCAGUCCACAAAACCAAAGCCCUUUGAAUGGCGGAGGUGCAUCCAAUGCUGGUACCAAUAACACAAUUCCAAAGAAAAGAAAGUACACGAAGAGAUCAAAAGAAUCAAAAAAGUCGCAAUCGGAGCCCAACACUCCUAAUAUUAGCGCUUUAACACCUGGAUCUGCGAAUGGCCGUAAUGCGAAUAUGACUUCAAGUUUAAAUACAACGCAUGAGCAUUACUCCAAUAAUAACUCACCAAGAAUCAAGAUUCAGAAAAAUUCUAGUACUACUGACUCACACUCUCCACUUACCUUAACUACGGAGGCAUCAGUGGAACAAAACAAAGGGAGUACAAGUAGUAAGCGCAGCCAAAAGAGCAGCAAUGCCUCAAAACAAGGAUCCACUUCAUCAAAUCCGGGUUCUGUGCUAGCUUCUGCUUCCAUACUUUCUUCUAAUAAAUCCAAGAAAGCUACCUCAAAGAAGACUCCUAUCAAUGCUGCCACUCCUCAAAAUGCUGAAGAUCAUGGUUCAGGCACUACUAGCAGUAAAGAUCCCGGUAGUAACAAUAGCAUUGGAUUGUUGCCACAUAAUGUACUUACUGACCCAACACCGCAUACAGACUUUGAUCCAAUGAGCAUUGAUCCUGCACUGAGCGCAUCAUCUGCAUUCGAAUUUGGAGAUGAUGAUGAUUCGAUGCUAGGAAUAUUAGAUAACGGAGCAUUUGGCAAAAAGGGCGAUUCUUUCCCUAAUUCACAUAAUUAA